AUGGUUCUCUCUUCGCUUAAAGAAGAGCCACAAUGUCACAAAGCUGUCUUCCUAAAGCUCUUCAACGUCAAGUCUGUUGUCGUGAUCGUUGGAAUAAUGCUCACCUUGUUCCCUGGCUUUGCUUCAACUGCCACUCCUGGUUUCCCUCCUGAAGCCGAAGAUGGGAAUAAAGAGGAGGCGGCAGAAACUCUGCUGAAAUGGAAAUCCACUCUUGACAGUCAAAGCCAAUCUCUCAUGUCCUCAUGGCGGGGGGAGAAUGCUUGCUCUAGUAAUUGGACAGGAGUCACCUGUGACCGACCAGAAGUGGUCACUACUCUAAAUCUUUCGAACAUGGGCUUGACAGGUAUGCUUGGUGCUCUAAAUUUCACCGCUCUUCCUCAUCUAAUUAGCCUGGACCUGUCAAACAACUCAUUUCGUGGCCCCAUUCCAUCAUCCAUCGGAAACCUCUCUAAACUGUCAACCCUUAAUCUCUCGGUCAACUCUCUCUCCCAGAGCAUUCCUUCUGCUCUUGGUAGAUUGACCAGUCUAAGGCUUUUGUACCUUCGUCAGAAUCGGCUGAGGGGGCCUAUCCCGGAGGAUAUAUUUACGUUGAACUCCCUUUUGGAGCUUAGUUUCUCGGUCAACAAUCUCACAGGUGCUCUUCCUACUUCUAUUGGCUUACUGGGGAACCUAACGAUUCUGGACUUGAGCUACAACGGCCUUCAGGGAUCGAUUCCUCAUGAAAUUUGUGCCAUCAAUUCUUUGUCUGUACUUCAUCUUCGGGCGAACAAGUUAACUGGUUCAAUUCCCACUUGCAUAGUAAACAUGACCCAGCUAACCGUACUUAAACUUCUGGAAAAUUAUCUUUCUGGUUCGAUUCCACGGGAAAUUGGGAAAUUGAGAUCCCUUAUUCGCCUCACUCUGCAUGGGAACAAUCUCAAUGGUUUCAUCCCUGCAUCUAUUGGGAACUUGAGCAACCUACUUGAACUCUCUCUAUCCUCUAAUGAUCUUUCGGGACCUAUUCCCCAGGAAGUGGGUGACUUGAGAUCUUUAACCCUACUAGCUUUGUCCAUCAAUAGUCUCAAUGGUUCGAUCCCUACAUCAGUUGGGAACUUGGUUAAUCUAACCGUAUUGCUUCUGCAUUUCAACAACCUGUCUGGUUUCGUUCCUCGUGAAUUGAAUAAUCUCACUCGUUUAGUUCAGUUUACUCUGGCUCGAAACGAGCUAACAGGGCAGCUUCCAGAAAAUGUAUGCCUCGGUGGGUCACUGGAAGUCUUUACAGCAUUUGACAAUCACUUGAAUGGUCCCAUCCCAAAGAGCUUGAGGAACUGCAGCGGCUUAGCUAGGCUUUGGCUUCAAGGAAAUCGACUUAGCGGAAAUAUAACAGAAGAUUUUGGUGUAUACCCUAAGUUAAAACUCAUUGACUUGAGCCUUAACCAACUCUCUGGCAAGCUCUCUUGGACCUGGGGACUAUGUAGUAGAUUGCAGAGCUUCCAUAUCUCUCACAACAAUAUUUUUGGUCAGAUUCCCCCCACGAUUGGGAACAUGACUCAAUUGAGAGUGCUGGACUUAUCUUUGAACUACAUCACUGGAGAGAUUCCUCAUGAAUUGGGAAGACUAGUUUCAUUGAUAGAUCUUUCUCUGCAUGGUAACAAUAUUUCAGGUGACAUUCCCCAUGAGAUUGGGCUUUUCUUAAGUCUAGCAAAGCUCAACUUGGCAAGCAACAGUCUGAGUGGUCCAAUUCCUGCACAAUUAGGACAAUGUAGAAAAUUAUGGUACUUGAAUUUGAGCAGAAACAUGAUUCGAGGAAGUAUUCCUCCAGAGGUUGGAAGUAUUCAAUUUCUGCAGAUCCUUGAUUUAUCCAGUAACAUCUUGGAGGGAAAACUACCCCAGGAUCUUGGAAAGCUGACUGCGUUAGCUGACUUAAAUCUCUCCCAUAAUGACUUGUUCGGUUCCAUUCCGAAUAGUUUCUUUGAUAUGUUAGGUCUCGUGUCUGUUGACAUAUCAUAUAAUGACUUGGAGGGGCCACUCCCGGACAUUAUGGCCUUUCGCAUGGCUCCAUACACAACGAUACAGAAUAACAAAGACGUAUGUGGUGUUGUGGCUGGUCUAAGAGCCAUCUUGUUCCUCAUUUUUGUCAUCACAGUGAUCGUUCUUUUGGCUGGCAAGAGAUGCAAGAAUGGAAAGUGUAAUUUGAAAGAGGUGCAUACUGGAGAUCCCUUUGUGGUGUGGAGCUACGAUGGCCAAUUGGUUUAUCGACUUAUCAUCGACGCCACUGAAGGGUUCGAACUGAAAAACCGAAUUGGAGAGGGAGGAUUUGGAACUGUUUACAAAGCUGAGCUGUCCCCUGAUCGAGUUUUCGCAGUGAAGAAGCUUAAUUCAAUAGAAGACGGGGAGGUGGUUGGGGUUACAUCUUUGCAGAGAGAGGUAAAUUGCCUAGCAAAUAUAUGCCACCGCAACAUUGUGAAGCUAUAUGGAUACUGCCUACAUUCAAAGCAUUCAUUUUUGGUUUAUGAGUUCCUCGAAAGAGGAAGCUUAAGAAGAAUCUUGAAUGACGACGAAGCGGCGAUGGAGCUCUACUGGUGCAGGAGGGUAAACGUUAUUAAAGGAGUGGCGAACGCAUUGUCCUAUAUGCACCAUAAUUGCUUCCCCCCAUGGAUUCACCGAGACAUGACAAGCAACAACGUUUUGUUGGAUGCUGAUUACGAGGCUCACGUUUCUGACUUUGGCAUUGCUAGGCUUCUCAAACCAGAUUCAUCGAAUUGGACUUCUUUGGCUGGUACUCUUGGGUACAUUGCUCCAGAGCUAGCAUACUCACCAGCAGUCACAGAAAAAUGCGAUGUUUUUGGCUUUGGAGUGGUAGCAAUGGAAGUGAUCAUGGGAAAACACCCAGGAGAUCUCAUCUCCAUUUCGGAUCCAUCUUCAUCGCUGGCAAAGAUUGGUUCGGACUUUUUACUCCAGGAUGUGUUGGAUCGACGCCUCUCGCUUCCUGUGGGAAGAGAUGCAGAGGACGUGGUGUCACUUGCAAAACUGGCGUUUGCAUGUUUGCAAGUGGAUCCCCGGCGCCGGCCAAGCAUGAAAGGAGUCUCGCUACUACUACCAGUUCGAGUGCCUCUAGCAAAGCCAUUUUCUGAGAUCACAUUGGGCGAACUAAACAGCUUCGGCUGUUGAUUUUGUGUACAUAAUGUGUACAUGAAAGAGAUGCAUCGUUAAGCAGUUAUAAAGUGAGAGCACCAUAAAACAAGUCGCAUUCCAACAUAAAAUGGGGAUGUGUGGUUGAGCCGCAUCCUCACAAAACUCCAUUCUGUCCUACUACCGUUUAUAUCAAACAUUUAUAUAUGCAUAUCUAAGCCAAAACCUCCUAUUGUCUCA